GCUUCCUGUUCGGUGGCGAUUGGAAAGCGGAAACUCACAAUGGGGUUGUUUGACUUUGAUUUUCUGGACGAUGUACGGCGAAUGAACCCAAGACAGCUUUAUUAUCAAGUUCUGAACUUUGGAAUGAUUGUGUCCUCAGCCCUGAUGAUAUGGAAGGGAUUGAUGGUUGUUACUGGCAGCGAGAGCCCCAUUGUGGUUGUUCUCAGUGGCAGCAUGGAACCAGCAUUUUUCCGUGGUGACCUACUUUUUCUGACCAAUUACAGAGAAGAACCAAUCAGAGUGGGAGAAAUUGUCGUCUUCAAAAUAGAGGGAAGAGAUAUUCCAAUUGUCCACAGGGUGCUCAAAGUCCACGAAAAAGAGAAUGGAAAAGUUAAAUUCCUAACUAAGGGAGAUAAUAAUUCAGUAGAUGACAGAGGGUUAUAUGCCCCUGGACAGCUAUGGUUGGAGAAAAAAGAUGUUGUGGGUCGAGCGAGAGGGUUCGUUCCUUAUGUUGGUAUUGUAACUAUAUUGAUGAAUGACUAUCCAAAAUUUAAGUAUGCUAUUUUGGCCUGUCUGGGACUCUUUGUGUUAAUUCAUCGAGAAUAACAGAUACCAGAAAAAUAAUAGGAAAACAAAGUGCUGGAUAAAAGUGAGGGAAACUCAGAAGCGAUGGGACAGUUGUUGGAGGAUCUGUAUUUAUGGUGUAAGGGAUGACAUAUUGUAUUAAAAAAAUGUGUUUUCUAAUGUAAAUUGUGCUUGAUGUUUGUAAUUGUGAAAUGUGGUAAGAAUUAAUUAACAUGUGUGAGAAAAUCAUGUGCAUGGCUAUGUUAUGAGAACAAUUGUAUGGAAGAGUUGUAAAUUUUUUUAAGAUUUCAUUUUCAAGAUGUUUUCUACUCGUGUACUAGAAAAUCAUGUUACAUUGUGAUGGAGUGUAUUUGGUGUAUUAUUUGAAUAAUUUUUUACAAAUUAUUCCAGUUCAUACAUGUAGUUAUGAAUUAUGGAUUUGUAUGUUUCAUGAGUUUGCAUGGUUAAAUUGUUGAGAAUAAUAAAAUUCGAAUCUCUAUCAUAGUUUCAAAUUUAAUUUAUUUAAGUAAAUGUGUUGUUUUGAAGUAUCUUAGAUACUUUUCUCAGAUAUGACUUACAAAGUGCAAAAGUGGACAUUAAGAUUAAAAAUUCAUUUUUUAUCAACUUUUUUAGCUGCAAAAUUUUGUAUAAACUUAAUCAGCCUGGGAAAUACAGAUGCACAUUUUUCUUUCGAACAAUAAUUUAUUUAAGACCUAUAUUUAUAAAGCUAGAUUUAAUUUGCCAGUACUUUUUUGUACAUUGUGAACGUGAAUGGUUUACGCAAGAUUUGUCAACUGUUUCUAUGUCUCCCCUUUGAAGAAUGGAGAGGUUGAUUUACAUGUAUACUGAACUUUUGUUCUUCUCAUAAAACCAAGUCUAACAUGUCUAACAUUUUAAGUCAUGUAAUGUAUUGAGGGCGUAUUAUCAUUCAAUAUUAUACUUCCAUGUAUAUUAGAUGAAUCUGAUUCGUCGAGAAACAUUUGUUAAAAAACACUAUUACCCGCUGAAUAAUUAAGCCACGCCCUCCAGCAUAGCAACAGUCAACACUGCUUGACGAUGGGUGUUAUUCCAAAAAAUAUUGACUGCGCAGAAUUUAUGCGCAAAAGGUUCACUGUAAUAUGUAUUUGUAUAAAUCAUUCAGUACAAUAUAAUAAAUAUUGCAUAUCGUUGAGUGUAACAUUGAAAAUUUUCACCCCUCGGCUGUGUCUCGG